GUUCGCUUAUCGGCCGGCGUGGUGGGGGCAGCCGAUUUGCCCAAGUUAUAUUGUAGCCCUCGCAUCGCUCAGUCUCACACAGCUCCGUGCGCGCACCACACGAUUUACAUCAUUACGUCAUGUGUAACGUUUGUACUCGCGAUGUGGCGCCGGCGAUCGAAACGCCGCCCGCCAAGCCCAACCGUACGCUUGAACGCAUGAAGAAGAAGCAUAACAUUACCACUAACCCUCAUGAUGAGGAGCGUCAAAAGGAAGUCGCCUACCAGCCCGACCUGCUCGCUAUAUCCACACAGUACAGCAAAGUCGCCUACGAUCUAUUCAAGCAGGGAUUAGUCCGACUCCAAGAAACCAAGGCUUUCGUUAUAGCUACGCGGACACCGCAACCGCUGCAUAUAUCACUGGCUUUGCUGGUGGUCGUGGCGUGGCUGCUGAGGCCAGGACCCGCCGCAAGCUUGCGCGGAUGGCGCGCACUCUACGUCGCCGCUGUCGCCACGCACCUCGGCGCACAAAUAUGGAUGACGCUAAUUUCUGGUGUCGUUCUAUUCUUCUCGCUGCCUCGACACGAGUUCGGACGUGUACAGACGGUGCUCUUCCCCGUGUACUACGCGUUCAAUGCGGUGGUGAGCCUGCUGGCCGUGCUCGCCUACUUCCGCACUCAAACUCUCACACACUUCCAACACACCUCCUGGGUACAGCUAGCGUUGCUGCUAGCAGUGUUCAGUAUAGAAGUGUACGUGCGCUUGCGCCUCGUGCAGCCCAUGCUGCGCGCCAAGCACGUCAAGACGCAGAUGGAGGAGGCUGCGGGGGGCGGACAAGAGGUGGGUCAUCUGGUUAUGGGCGAGCUGGCGCACUGUCCACGCUACAUCCGCGUCCUGAAGACCUUCCGAGCUUAUCACUCCACCAUCGCGAUGGGAACCAUGAUCGCCCUCGGCUGCUCCUGCUAUUCCACCAUGAUUAUAGUAGACUCUAUGUGCCUCUAGACGCGAGUGCGACAACAUACCACUAAACGAAACGUCCAAUGUUUUAUAAUUUUAAAUCUUUGACGUUUACAUUGUUUGUGUUGUCUAUGGAUGUUGUAGUUAAGGAAAAGUAACUCUUUAGUAUUACUGUUUGUUUUUCGUUGUGCGAUAUGUACGAUGUUUCAUGUAUAUAAUAUGACAUGGUUAUUUUUCUUUUAACGUAUUCAUCGACGAAUGUG